AUGCCAUCAAACAUUCGAGAGUCAGAUGCAUCAUGUCUCGAGAUGAUACGAUCAAUCAUUCGAUCGGCAGUUGAUGACAAUUCGAAAUGGGUUGAGAUCUUUGUGGAUUUUGAGAAUGCACAACCAACAGAAGAUGAGAGAGAAAUCUAUAAUAUGGCAGAAGACGUACUGCACGAUUGUGAUGAAGUUCUUGCAGAUGUUACCAGUUAUGGGAAUGGCCCUGAAAGUUUGAUGACAAAACUGGAACCUUUUGUGGCAAGGACAUGCUCUUACUAUGAACACGUGGCUAAAAUCGAGAAAAUCGUUCCAAUCAUCUUAUGGGAACUGUCAUCUGGACCAUUGCCUCUCGAAGAACAACUUGCUAAUAAGCAGUCUAUCGCCAAGCAGUUUGCCCGUUUGAUUGGAUUCGUGUUGGAUUUUGAUGUAGUGAAGAUGAGAACCGCCCAAAUCACAAACGACUACAGCUACUAUCGCCGAGCAAAGCACAUUGUUUAUCAAGAUUUCGAAGAUCAAGGAGUGCCAGAACUUCCGCAAGUUCAGAUGUUUCUGUGCGAAGGAAAUCCAAUGUUGAAGGCGUUGUGUAAUGGAGUAGACGCAUAUAUGCAUUCACAUCAGACACUUCCAAUUAAUAAUACCACAGACGUUUUUGUCACCAUCAUCAACGUUUGCCGAUUCAUGUUAGCCAAUGAGGAAUGUUUGGCACGAUUGACAGAUUCAUCCAAACAUUUGUGUUGUCGAGUGAUGACGGGAUUGGUGAUUCUCUUUGACCAUGUUGACCAGAAUGGAGCAUUCGUGUCGAAUUCGUCCAUCGAUAUGAGAGAUGUUGUCAGGUUGAUCAAGCAGAAUACAACGCAAGAACAGUCUGACUGCCUGCUCGCUGGUCUUCGAUUCACAACAAAACACUACAAUGAUUCGAGCACUCCAAAGUCUCUUCGUCAAAUGAUUGAAGUUAAAUGA